CAAGGCUUCGGUGGCAGCGGAGCCUUCAGUUCCUCUUCGGUUCGGUUUCCUCGGACUCAGGAUGUGGGCUGCUAAAUUCGCGAACGCCCGUUCGCCUCGCCUGUCCUCGGUGCUGUUGCUUUCGAAGGGAGGCCCAGCGUCCAGGUCGCCCUUUCAUUCCUCGGCGCACCGCCAUAGGGCUAAAGUGGCUGUGGUUCUUUCUGGUUGUGGUGUUUAUGAUGGCACUGAAAUCCACGAAGCCUCUGCGAUAAUGGUUCAUUUGAGCCGAGGAGGAGCCAAUGUUGACAUGUAUGCCCCAAAUAUUUCUCAGAUGCAUGUUGUUGAUCACAGCAGAGGGCAGCCAGCUGACAGGGAAUCGAGAAACGUCUUAACAGAAUCAGCAAGGAUCGCUCGUGGUAAAAUUACCGACUUGGCUAGACUUACUGCAAGAGACUAUGAUGCGGUAGUAUUUCCUGGAGGCUUUGGAGCUGCUAAAAAUCUAUCUACCUUUUCUGUGGAUGGGAAAGAUUGUAAAGUUAACAAAGACGUUGAGCGUGUGCUGAAAGAGUUCCACAAAUCAGGGAAGCCCAUUGGGUUGUGCUGUAUUUCCCCUGUCUUGGCUGCAAAGGUUCUACCUGGCACUGAAGUCACUGUAGGCCAAGAACAAGAACAAGGUGGGAAGUGGCCUUAUGCUAGCACUGCUGGGGCCAUUAAAGCCAUGGGAGGAAAACACUGCGCUAAAGACGUAACAGAAGCGCAUGUGGACAAUACCAACAAGAUAGUUACUACACCAGCAUUUAUGUGUGAAACUGAAUUUCAUCACAUUUUUGAUGGUAUUGGAGCCAUGAUAAAAAAUUUAUUAAGGCUGACAGGCAAAUGAAAUGGAUUGUUAAUAACAAAAGCAAUAGCUUUUAGGAAUAUUGCAGCUUUGAUGACAAAAGUUGGCACAGAAUGUACUUUUAGAUGUAUUUUUAGAGGAUUGACUUAAAUUUCUGAACUGAAGCAUCCAACACGUAUUGAAUCAUGAUCCUUUUAUGUCAAACUCUUCUCCAUAUAGUGCAUUGUCACUGCUAAUUGUUUUAUAUUCUGAACAUCACCCAUUGUUAAACAAAUUGGAAUUAAUGACACAAGUAUUUAAAGUAUUUACCAGCUGUUACUACAAUGUUUCCAAUGAUUAUAUCAUGAAUUUGCAAAUAUGAUUUAGCAUGUUAAAGUUGUACAAUUGGAUUUGAAUGACUAGUAUGACAAACUCUAGAGAACCUAAUUUGGGAAUUGAGAACAGCAGAAUGGAAUUCCAUUCAUUUUUCUAAUUUAAAUCUAAUUAUUAGUACUGUGAAUAUCUGGUUGGUUAACAUUCCAUAAGCACUGGCAUAUUACAAAUUCCUGCAGAAUUAGAUAUCACAUACCGUAUUUUUCGGAGUAUAAGACGUACUUAUACGUUUUUGGGGAGGAAAAUAAGAAAAAAGCUGAUUGGUGGGUGGAUAGUCUCCUGGAAUACCACCAAUCAGCUGUUCCCAGAGGUGAACUUUAGCAACUCCUCCCUUUCAGAGGCUUUUUUCAGCUUCUGAAACCUCCAUUUCAGAGGCUGGGCGGGGUUACAUUCAGAGUAUAAGGUGCACCCAAAUUUUCACCCUUUUUUAUUCUUAUACUCUGAAAAAUAUGGUCAGUAGUCACUUAAAGAAAUGAGGCUAUGGCUCCAAAGACAAUCCUAAUUAUAGGGAAUGUUUUACAAAUAAAUUGUAAAUCCUCUUACAGAAUCCAUAUGAACAUUAUUAAGUAUUUACCAAGAGAAUUGAGGAGGCAAGCUACUGUGCAACAGUUCAGAUCAAUGAAGAGAAAUGAACUUUUCUCAAUUAGAUAUACCAUAUGUUAAAUAAAAUGGAUGAAGUUAAAACCAA